AUGGAUCGUCGAGGAAUUAUUUACCUUGCAAAAGGUAAUGGAAAACAAAUUUAUGUGAUUUGCAGUGAGAGUGGUCAAAUUUUAGACAAGAUGGGAUAUAAUUGUAGAAGACCAUUUCCUACAAAGUUUAAUCUGUUUUUUAGCUUGUCUCUGGAUCGAAACGAUAAUUUAAUGAUUUCUUGUUAUGAUGAAAACCAUCGUCCAGCGAUCAAAGUUUUCACAAGAAAUUUACACUUUGUGAAAAGUAUCAGAUUGCCAUUAUAUAAUAGAAAUGCAAUUAUUUAUGACUCUAUUUCAGAUGGAUGCUUGUUACAAACAGAAGAUGCAUGGUUUUAUUUGUCCAAAGACUUUGAUGUCAUUUCACAAAAGACAAUUUGGGACAAGCAUGGCUCAUUUUCAAAUGGCGUUCUUUAUUGUGUGGAAAAUGCAACGAUCACUUGCUACAAAUAA